AUGAUAAGCCCACGCGCCCUGCCGUGCCUCCUCCUCCUGCCGCUGGGUGCCUGCCUUCCUCUCUUGGACAGAGAAGAGCCCGCUGCCACCGUGGGAGGUGUCAGAGGCGGAAUGAGCUGGGCCGACCUGCCCGGGGGACACCGCAUGUUCCCCCCACGGGGCUCCCCUGGGUGGCCGAGGGCCCCACAGCCGCACGGCCUGCUGGUCACGGCCAAGGAGCUGCAGGUGUCGGGCCGACGGCGCCCUGGCUUCACGUUCCGGUUCGGGAGGCAGGAUGAUGGCAGCAAGGCUACCGGCUUCCUCCCCGCAGAUGGUGAGAAGGCCAGCGGCCCUUUAGGGACCCUGGCCGAGGAGCUCAGCAGUUACAGCAGGAAAAAAGGCGGCUUCAGCUUCCGCUUCGGCCGGCGGUGAGGGGGCCGGGGCGUCCGUGGACCCUCCCGGCUACCACUCCCCCUCCUGUCUUCUCCUUGAGCCCGAAAG